AUGUGUCCACCUGUCGAUACGAAUGCUGAGUGCUGGGUGAUCACUGUUGCUUCCGUUGGAGACUUUACCCACCAGCAGUUGCUGCCUGUGCAGUAUGUGUGGAGUCUCGUAGAUGCAAGUGAGAAGGGUAUGAAUUGCUAUUCAUGGCUUAUGAGCAUUGCCGAUGAGCAGAUCUGUUACGAAGAAACUGCUGCUGUUGCUAAACGAAUGCUGGAUGCUUGGCUAAAAGAGCGUCUCCCUGGCUUCGGAGAAGGUGUGGAUAUUGAAUGGGCUCACCUCUAUUGUGCCCGAAAUGGCUGCUGGUACAACGACAAUUUGAUCACUGCGUACGGAAAGAUGGUAGAAGGCGUGUACGGAAACAACACUACUAUUUUACUGCCGCCCAUGAAAAAGCCUGUGCCCAAGACCCCCAAGAAAGGAAUGCGAGUCCCACCAACGACAUUAAGUUUGAUCACAGCAGCUAGUUCUGGACGAAUUUUCUUGCCACUAAACAUCAAUGGUACCCAUUGGACGUGUAUCGUAGUGGAUGGGACUACGCAGACUGUGUGCUGCUACGAUAGCACGGACAAACGUGCAAACCACAACUUGCUUGCACAACUGGCGGACGAGAUCGUUAAGAAAAGCCUUACGAAGGCUUUUUGUGUCACGGUCGUGCACAGUCCCAUCCAAAAGGACGACUUUAACUGCGGCGUUUUCAUCUGUCUGUACUUCUGGCGCCGCUUCUGGAAGGGAGCAGGUAGCGAUUACACGGAGAAGGGAUUGUUGCGUCGUCGGUGGGAUAUUCUGCGUACCAUCAUGAAGUUCAGCGAUGAAAUCAAAGAGAAAGAGAAGGUAACCGAGUAG